ACGAAUAUUAGAUGAUUAUCAGAAAAAAGUACAUAAUCAAAUCAAAAGCCUUAAUUAAUCACACAAAAGUCUAAACCUUUAUUAUUCUUGAGAGGACCAAAAAAAAAAAAAAAACGAAAACUUUACGCCGCAGGAAACGAGGAAGACGGUGUUGUUUCUAGAUUCGCUGCUUCUUCUUCUCAGAGAAUAGAGAAGAUAAUCUUCUGGUUCGAUGGGGAAUAUGCUAACGGCUGGUUCUAGGGUUUCUGAAAACAAAGAACGAGGUGGUGAUUCUGAUAAGCAAUUGAAGGAGGAAGAUGAUGUUAAGAUGGAGGAUGUUAACGACGACGACGACGACUCUGAACGAAUCGAAGAUAAUGUGAUGAGUGAGGUUUCAUCUUUGAGAGAUAAUUUUGAAGAAAUAGAGGUAUUAGAAAACGGGUUCCAUGUGGGAGAUUUUGUGUGGGGAGAAGGAGUCAAUGGUCAACGAUGGUGGCCAGGUCAGAUUUAUGAUUCUUUACAUGCUUCAGACUUGGCUUUGAAGACAAUGCAAAAGGGUAGAUUACUUGUGGCUUAUUUUGGAGAUGGGAGCUUUGCUUGGUGUAAUCCAUUGGAGUUGAAACCGUUUCUUGAGAAUUUCAAUGAGUUUUCGAAGAUGAGUGGUUCUAGAGGGUUUAUCAGUGCUGUGGAAGAAGCUGUGAGGGAGAUUGGUGAACAUGUUGAGCAGUUUUUGGUUUGUGAUGAUGAGGCGGCAGCUCUGGUUAGUUCUGUAGCUGUGAAUUCUGGAGUUAAGGAUGGUGUUGUUGUGCCUGAUGUUAGAAGAGAGAUUGUAUCCUCUUUGGUUCUUGAAAAUCAUGGUGUUGUUCUUGAUGAUGUGAAAGGCCUUGCGAAGACGGUUAGUUAUAGUGAUUUGUUAGAGUUUGAGGUUUUGAAGAGGAAAAUAUCAGCGUUUUAUCGGUGUAAAGGAAGAUUUGAUUUAGCUAAGUAUGAUGAACAUCAAUAUAUCAUAGGACUUGAAGACAAAGAGGAGGAUGAGUCUUUCCAGCUGAGACCAUUGAGAAAGUGUUCAGGGUUUGUUAGGAAAAAUAGGAAAUGUGGUGAUGUAGCAACCACUGGCUCGACUACCCGGCGGUGGAGAAGACUGAGUGAAGUUUCGAAGGUUGAAAACGCUGAGGAAGAACUUAGUAAUGGGAAGAGUUUGUCGUCGAGGAAGAGAAAGAGCCAAAAGGGUGUUGUUAAUGAUAGUAAUGAUGAUGAGGAGAUUGUGAAAAGAGUAGAGUCAAAUGACUCAAACCAUCUAGAAGAGAGUGAGAGGAAAGAUGAUGGUUCAGGUAUCGAAAUUGAUGUUAAUUUAGUAACUCCAUUGGCUUCACUCAGCAAAAGGCUCAAGAUUGAUGUUUCGUCAAGUGUUGAAAGGAACAAUGACAAUGGCGAGACUUUACUGCAGACAGGUAAAAGACAGAGGAAGAAAAGCAAGUAUCUUUCGCCUGAAUACAUGACAGACUUUAGUUGCAGAGCGAGGAAGAGCAAUUUAGAAUCAGCAGAGCGAGUGACGCCUGAAAAAGCCGUUGAUAUUGUGAAAUUGGGAGAUACGGCAGAGGAAAUGCUGGAUCUAAUUCGAGGAGUGGCUCUCAGUACAAAAUAUCCAGAAGACUAUACUAGCUCAUGUGACAUGGUGAGAGAGUUUGUGUCCAUGUAUCGAAGCUUUACAUAUCAUAAAGGGGCCAUUCACGAGAGGAACCUUUCAGAUGGAGAGAAUCAGCCUGAAGUAAUGGAUGAGAAAGAGCAAACGAGAGAUGAACCGAAUGAGAAGCAAGUUUCAGGUGUUGAGCUAUUUAUUAAGACUGAUCUUGGCUCUAGUCUGCCUUCAAAAGAUGAUUUGAUCAAAACAUAUAAAAAGUUUGGUCCUUUGGACAUGGAGAGAAGCUGUAUCUUGGACAAUAACUCAACCGCAGUCAUUGCAUUCUUGAAUGUAUCUGAUGGAGAAGAAGCUUUUUUCAAGACAAAAGAGAAAUACCCAUUUGCUGCUACUUCCACCGUUACGUUCAAGCUCAAGUAUUCAUCUUCUGCUUUAUCAUCGCCUGAAACCACUAAUGAGAAGACGGAAACCGAAACAACAAAGGGCGUAACGGAAAUCGAGUGUUUGAAAGAGAAGCUUGAAGAGAUAAGAUCAUUGCUGGAUCAAUCAGAGGGAAUGAUUACAGAAGAAGUGAAGAUGAAGCUUCAAGACGAAUCAAGAAACUUGCUUGACAAGGUAAGCAAGAUGAUUAUUGUUCGUUCGUCUUAAAUUAGUUUUGAUUGAAGAAGACUUUUUUAGCUUUUACUAGGAGACAGAAAGUUCCAAAACCCUGAGACUAUUUUGCAUAUGCAAAGAACAAAUGGAGAGAAAAAGUGAAAAUUUCCAUUCCCUUAAAAUCAUUUGGUUAUUUUCUAGGCCCAAUGGGCCUCUGA